CGUGAGAAACCGCACAAAACUUUGCUGGUAGGAAGGUGAAGGCUUUAAAAAUCAAAGAUUUUCAGACCACUUUGAUUAGGAAACCUGUGCUUGCAAGUCAUGGCGUCGCUGUCUUGGUUGAGUUGUGUGCUUGCGUUACUCGGAGUCGUUGUUGCUGUCAACUCUGCACCAUUCAUCAAUCAGCCUUACGAUGAGCCUACUGAUCUUGAAAUCCAAGCGAUUCUGAAAUAUCUACAUCUUGAGCAUCCCGUUGACGAACUUGAAGCAUUAGAAGAUAUUGAAGGUGAUGGCAUCACGACUAAAGAAGUUGAGGGAGAAAGGAGGAAUGACGGAUGGUCAACUAUGCUUGGAAAGGAAACGACUGAUCUGGACUUUGCUGAGACGACUGUUCUGGAGGCUAAUUCUAGAGAAAAUGUAGUUGGUGAAUCAUCAGAAGAUGCAGCACCUGAAGUGAAAACAGCCGAUGCAGGGAGUCAAGUGAAAACAGGUAGCCAGGAGGAUAAUUCGAAGCUGGAAGGAAAGGACUCAGAAACUGAUUCGAAAGGUCCAGCUUUCACCAUGACUGAUCUAAAAUCAGUCAUCGUUCACGUGAUUUCUACAGAGUCUGACAAAGCACCAGAUACAAAUCCUGAAUCAGAGCAAGUCUCCGAGACAAAUACAAUCAGAGAUCAUGGCAGCUUCGCAGACUUCUUGAAGGCUCAGGUGGCAAGAAAGGAGGAACUGCAGAAACAGGCACAGGAGGCUGAAGACGAAGAAUUAGGUGUAGCACAAAAGCAGGGUGAGGGUGUGUCGACUGCUGAAAAGACUACGGCUGAGGAGGAUAACUUAUCCAAGGAGUUGCACAAACUAGACCCAGAAGGAACUAAGGAGUGGGGCGACCCUGUAAAAGACUUGGAGGAUUUGACAAAUCCUAGGGGACAACAAAGUACAGGAAACGAUGUCGAUAUCAGCUCCGACGACAACAAGGAUGCAGUGGCAACAGCAAAAGAAUUUAACAACGCUCCACUCGAUCUUCCAUACCACGACGCUGAAACCGACAACCUAGAGAACGAACACGUACUUGACGGGGUCAUGAUGUGGGAAAAGGCACAGUUGUCUAAACAACGUCAGAGUCUGGCUAGCUUGGCGAACAAUUUUCAAAACCACGUACAAGAAGUCGACGAUACCAUCUCUGAGGAGGAAAAUGAAUAUAAAGAGCAAGCAGACAUGAAAAUUGGUCAUGUUGGUAUCGAUGGAGAGAAAAUCAGCCAAGCAGCAGAGCCAGAGCAAAAACAGGUGUUGGCUGAGAAGGAUGCAUUAGACAAACCGUCUCAUGUUGGGGCAAAAGGAGAAGGGGGCAGCAUCAAAGAGACUGCAAGGGCCGACUCUGAAGAAAUGAAGGAGAAGACAUCUGAGAGUCUCAAAGAGGGAAUUGCCCAAGCCGAUCUUCCCAUUCAGAGCCAAGAACAGAAUGUAGAUGUAACUGACAAAGACGUGGCACAAGCUCCGAAAACUGCAGACACUAAGGCGGAAUCAGAGGCAGAUACUGAAGAUGUGAAGCAAGUUGUUAGCGAAGUCGGAUCGUCCGAUACUAUCGAAGGCGCGGUUUCCCUUGAAAACUAUCACACUGGGAACUUAAACCAGAAAGUGGAAUCCUCAGAUACAGAUCUAACACAAGAGGUGAAAGUUGCAGAGACUAAUGCAAAAUUAGCAAGUGGCAAUGAAGCAGCUGACCAAAGCUCAAAACCUAAUGACCAGCAAGUUGAUCAAGAAGAACAAGUACAGGACUCGAAAGCGUCACCAUUAAAAUAUAUUGGCAAUCCCCUCGAUAUUCCCUCUGACCGUGCUGUGAAUGAUCAUGAGAUCGUUUCUCAGCUCAUGCUGUUCUUGAAGAAGAUGAAUAAGGAAUUGGAAUUGGGAGCAGCUGAUGGUCCAGAAGCUGGUCAAUCCAUGAGCUUCAACCUUGAAAAAAUGCCGGCACAGGUGUCGAAAACAUCUGAGGGUUAUAUUCCUCAGAGAACAGCCGUUACUCAAGACAGUAUGGAUCAAAAUGACAACAAUAUGGGUACAGCUGCUGGCAAAGAAGUGCAGAGUAAAAGUAAGGAUGCCAUUCAGAAUAUACAAGAAGACGUUGCCAGCGACAUCGCGGCAAAUGCUGCUUCAGUAUCCCAGGAAGUAGCCAAAAAUGACAAGCAACGUCAAGCGGCUGCUGACAUCGAUAAAAUAGCAGAUGCAGGCGACAACUUUAAAGCUUUCGAUAAGGAAGUCGACAUCAACACAAAAGCAGACAUUGCUGAAAAUCAAGGUGAAAUCAAAGCUAUUUUGGACGCGUCCCACAAGACCGAACACACUGAUGAGAAGGUACCAAAUGCAAACGCCCAGACUUCUUCCGGUAGUGUCUUAGAUGCGGAUGUGCAUCACGACAAUGUCAACGAUGAGUUAUCUGAUGAAACUUUAACAACUGUUAAAGUAGUAAACAAUAACAAAGCAGCAGGAGAGAAGGAUGGGGUUGAUGUCGAUAUCACUAGUAAGAACGUCAAGGUAUCAGAGAGUUCUGAGAGUAGAGCCAAGACUCCUGGCGAGUCUAUGAAAGAAGUGAAUUCUAAUGAGGAAAGCAACCAGCAGCAGCAUCCUAGUGGUGUCGAAGUUUCUGGGGAUGAUGCACAAGUUGAACAAGAAGACGAAGCAAAGGCACCAAUCGAAGGUCAUGAGUUAAGCGCCGUGGUUAAAGAUAGUACUGACGCCGAGACAGCUGAGGUUGAUUCUGCUUCACUUACCAGGGAAGGUCUAGAUGAGGGCAAAGGUGGUGCAGUUGAAACAAAAGUUAAAGAGGUCGAGGUCUUGCCUGUUGAUGAGAAAACUAGCAAAAUUGGUGAAGAGAUUAAUAAGGAAGGAGGCCUUCCCUCGCCUGACAAAAAUUUAGAAGAGAAAAUAGAAGCCAGUGACAAGGGUGAGGCGACGGGAGAUGUCCAGGAGAAAGAAGUUGUAUCUGGAAAAGAGAAUAAAGCAAAUGAUCUGGUUCCCUCGAAGGAAAACCUUUCUAAAGUUCAAGAAACGGAAGAAAGCAAAGCAGAAGAAUCAAAUCACGGGAAUGGUGUAGUGAUGGAUGCAAGCAGAGUACAAGUUGGAACACCCACGGAGAAGGAUAUGGAUGCCGAAGAGGCGGCAGUUGCUAAUGGCCAAACUCUGGCAAAAAAUCAUGAAGUUGAUGAAAAUCAAGGAGUAACUCAAUUGAAAGAGGAGCCCACUUUUGAAGGCAAUGACAAGAAUGAGCUUGCAAUGAAAACUGAGGUCGACAAUGAGGGCGCAGUCAGUGACAGCAAUGCUCAUGCAGAUCCUUCAUUGGAUAAUUACGAAUUUGCACGAUGCGAUCUCCAAGCAAACAACAUUCCGUAUGCGCCAUUGGCUGUCAAGAACCACGUGACCGGCCAGAUAGUUUUCAAACAGAAGAAAUCUGGAGGAUCCAUGGAAAUCAAGGCUGGUCUCUAUGGUCUGGCGACUGACGGACCAAUGGAACACGCCAUUGACGUGCAUGAGUACGGGGACCUUAGCAACGGAUGCGAGUCAACUGGGAUGAGGUACACCAAUUGGGCAACCGAAGUCGGUCAGACGACUUCAAUUGGUAAAUCUGAUGUUCUCGGCACUGUUCAGCGGGACGAGACAGGAAACGUGCGGUCGGCAUGGACGGCUGAAUCCGGAGGACUCGUCGGUGAACACUCCAUUCUUGGCAGAGCUGUUGUGGUUCACGCCGUGCGAUAUGACUCGAGUCCAAAUUCAGAAGAGAAUGGUACAAAGCUGGCAUGUUGUGUGGUAGCGAGAUCGUCUGACGUCACGCCCUGGAUCUAGACUUGUUUCAAAACGCUUGACCAAUGUUUGGGUGGUUUAAUAACGGACUGAAUAACGAUGUUAGAAAUACUUUGGACAGUUAGUCGCACUUCUGUAGUGUUAAUUCUAGCGAUGAGACGUUUGCAAUCUCUCCAAAGAACAGCCUGUGUUAAAAUAUGAAACUCUGAAUAGUCAAUUUAAUUAGCACUGUUGUAAGACAUUUGCACCAUUUAAAUACCGAUAAGUGUGUAGAAUGAUUAAUUAAGAUAUUUUAAUUUUAAUAUUAAAGCGUUGUAGAUAAUACAUAGAGUGUUUAUCUUUGUGUAGAGAAAGUAAAAAGAAACGUAUCGUCGCUUAUGUCUCGACGUAAAAGAUAACAACCGAGAAAAACCUAUUAUUGUUGAUCGAUACAACCAUACUUGCAAUAAUUCCUCAUGGCAUCAUGUAAAUACCUAGCUGUUUUCUUCUUUAAAUGGUAUUUUUUUUAUUUUCAAGAAAUCAAUUUAACAAUGGAUCAUAUUUUGUGCAAGUGUCCAGUCCAUCGAAAUGUAUGAAAACUUGAGACAUACCUUUUCUUAAAAUGUUUCGUAAAGUAAAUUUUACAAUUCUUUCAAAACAAUAAUCCAUUAAUUUUUUUGACAACUGAAGGCGUUGUUGCUGUGAUGUCAUGUUAGGUACAAAUUCUACAGUCUACAUGUUUUUUUUGUUCAAAUUGUGAAUCCGAAUUUUUAGUUACUGAAAAGAAUGUGUGCAUAAAAUUUGUUCAUAGACUAAUUUGUAUAAUUAUGUACUGAUGCAACAAUGCAUCAUCAAAGCUCAAAGAACUUACCAUGCUGGGCAAAAUCCUGAAACCUCUGAUCUUGAUGACACAGCAGCUGUAACACUGAAAUUUUUCCCUAAGAUGACAUCACAGUUUGUUCAUGAAAUAUGGAAAUUCGCAUGAGCAGCAACAUCAACGAGGCAAAAUGAAAAUUGAAAAUAGAGAUAAAUGGGUCAUUAAGGUGUAUUAAAAAAGAUUGUAUUAAAAUAUAGAUUUUAUUACAUGGGCCAUUCUGUCCAGAAAAU